UGGCAGUUUUUGAAUGACAAGCAUAUACUUUUUUUUUUAAUCCGUCUCUCAUCAAAACUAGGAUCAACGACCAAAAUUCUAGUGCUGACAGCUGUCUGGAAUAAUGUCAGGUCGUACAAAGAGACUAUUACUCUCCUGAUCAAUCAAAUUAGAAAAAAAUUUACUCCCUCUAAUAUCUGUCAAGCCCGGUCAUAAGAAAAAUAUAUACAUUUAGAAUUGAAUGCAUCGAUAAAAUUUUCCACUUCCAUAUAGGAAAUUAUGCGGAUUCACAUAUCCUUCGCGAAGAAGACGGGGAUUUCUUAGAAAUUUGUGGGAAAGGGAUCGUUUUCAACAAAAAGAAAAAAUUAACGAAGAAGGUUUACGAAUGAUCAGGUGGCAGUGAUUUUCCAAUGCAGACAUUUUGGUAUGGCCUCACGGUUAAGCCCUCGAAACUCGGAAGUAAAUGCUCUUGAGCAACGUGGCUAUUUCCUUGGAAAAAAAAUCGGACAGGGAUCUUAUGCGACCGUCCACUUGGCCGAGUUCUCAGAUGGAGUUAAUCCGAAGAAAAUGAAACUUGCCUGUAAAAUUUUCGACAAAGAAAAGGCCCCUCCAGAUUGUUUAGAUAAAUUUUUUCCCCGCGAACUAGAAAUUUUGACCAAAAUCGAGAAUCCGCAUAUCAUUCAGGUGCAUAGUAUUCUUCAGCGUGGUCCAAGAGUCUUUAUUUUUAUGCGUUACGCUGAUAACGGGGAUUUGUUAGACUUUGUGAAGAAAAAUGGAGCAAUACCAGAACAACAAACGAAAUUGUGGUUCCGACAAAUGGCUUCAGGUCUACACUAUCUUCACGGAAAAAAUAUUGCUCAUCGUGAUCUGAAAUGCGAAAAUAUUUUGCUCUCUCGCAAAUUCAAUGUGAAGCUUGCAGAUUUUGGAUUUGCCAGAUUCUGCAUAGAUGACGAAGGUCGGCGCGUUUUGAGUCAAACUUACUGUGGUUCAGCGGCCUAUGCAGCACCGGAAGUGGUCACUGGAACACCCUACAAUCCAAAAUUAGCAGAUGUCUGGUCCCUGGGAAUUAUUCUCUUUAUCAUGCUGAAUGCUUCAAUGCCAUUCGAUGAUUCAAAUUUGAGGAAACUUUUGAAGGAUCAGAUGUCCAGAAAUUGGAUAUUUAGAUCGCGAGUACGUGACACAGUCACUUCCCAAGCAAAGAGCAUUGUACGACACAUCCUUGAGCCGGAUAUCACACUCAGAUUGACGUUGGAUAGAGUUUUGGGCCAUGAAUGGGUUCGAGCAAAAAAGGAUAAAGGCAGCUUGUUAUCAGGCAGACUUGUACAUUCAGCACCUCCAAUUCGUCCUCAAGUUCAGACCCAACCGCUACCAGAUUCAAAAAUUGAACCAGAACGUAAAAAACUCUCUGGCAAAACCGUGAAAAAAUAGGGCAAACUUUUUUUUUAGGUGAAACGGAUCUGAAAUAAGCGGAAAAUCAAAUUCCGUGCCCAAGAAUGAGGCGAUAGGAUACAAAAUCACAAGAAGUAUAAAUCAGUCGACGAACACAAAAAUUAAUGCAAAUUGUGGAAAUGAAUCUGCAAAAUCAACUUCUCUCAACUUACAUAAAGGUAGAGUGAUGGGAUGUGUAUUUAAUAUUUUAUAGAACUUUUUCUUUUCUAUUCCAGAAUGUAAACAUUUCUUUUGAUAUAAAUUAAAAUAUCCUCUUUUAAAAUCUGCCAUUAAAA